UCGUUGUAUGUGUUUAUUUUAUAUGUAUCUCAUAAGCAUGACUUUGUUUCUCUUUUCCAUGUAGGAACUUUACAAAAGCAACAUUCACAGUACUAUUACAGCAUCUUUGGGUCCUAGAUUGUUUCCCGUAGUCUUUGCAAAUGAAACUUUCAUUUUCCCUCCCUUCUAAAACAAAUUCAAAGCCAAACCCCAUAAAACCAUCAAAUAACUUUGGGGAUGAUAGUAAGAACAGCAGCAAUCCCGUGGAUUCUAAACAAUUUGUCACUGAAUUUAACGCACAUGAAAUUGUAAAUGACAGUGGCAGGCAAAAGGCUUCGGUUAUCCCUCCUAUACAAAAUGAGUGGGAGCCACGUAAAAAGAUGAAGAAUUUUGAACUUCCACUUGUGCAAGCCGAUGGCUCUGGUGGUCUUCAUUUUGAGGUUGAAUCAUUGUCCGCUGUUGCAGUGGCUAAUGAUUCGAAUAUGUCAUAUGGCCUCAACCUGAGGAAUUCUACUAAGGGUGUUGAAGAGACUGAAGGCCCUAAGGAUCAAGUCAUCGGUUCAGAUUCUAAACCACCAUUAAUGGAACCAUCAAGAAAUGUUCCUGCAGAAGAUGGUUUGCUUCAGAAAUUAAAGUUUGACCUGCAUAGGUUGCCUGAGGAUCAGGGAAUGGACGAGUUUACAGAUAUGCCCGUGGAGGGUUUUGGUGCUGCUUUGCUUGCUGGAUAUGGAUGGUACGAAGGGAGAGGCAUUGGGAAGAAUGCCAAGGAGGAUGUUAAGGUAGUUGAGUAUCACAAGAGAACAGACAAGCGUGGUUUGGGGUUUGUGAGUGAUGAUGUUCCCACUCCUGGUGUGAAUUCUAAACAAAAAUUAAAUAACAAAGGAAAAGAGAAUGAUAAGGAGAAAGAAAAGGGCCGAGAGGAUAGGAAUAGGGAAGGUGGAAAUUUCGUAGAGAAAUAUGUGCGGAUAGUUGGGGGAAGUGAUGCAGGUCUGAAAGGAAGGAUUGUUGAAAAACUAAGCCAUGAUACAUUAGUUGUGAGGCUAUCGAGGAGUGAAAAGUUGGUGGAAUUGCAAGUUGGUGAUGUUGCAUAUCUGGGUUCUAAGGAAGAAGAAAGAUGCUUGAAGAGAUUAAAGGAAUUAAAGAUUAAAGAAAGAGGCUUGAAGAGAGUAGAGGAGUUUCCAAGGAGUCAAGACAGGUCAGAAAUUAAGGCAAAUAAGCCAGUGAGGGAGGAGGUAAGAAGAGACAGUAAAAGCCUCAAUAAUGAAAGUAGAAACUCUAGUAGCGUUGGGCAAAUCUCGUGGCUUACAAGCCAUAUCAGGGUUAGGAUCAUUAGCAGAGACUUGAAAGGAGGAAGACUGUAUUUGAAGAAGGGCAAAGUGGUUGAUGUGGUAAGUCCUAGGGUCUGUGACAUAUCCAUGGACGAGAGCAAUGAGCUUAUUCGUGGUGUGCACUUCCUCGACGAGGAGGGCCAUAAGGGAAUCUAUGGCAGCCUUGUGGAGCGGGAUUUGGACCGAGAAACUGGUAUUGUUCGAGAUGCAGAUACUCAUGCUUUGCAUAAUGUCCACCUAGAACAGGUUGCAGAGUAUAUCGGGGAUCCAAGCUAUCUUGGCUAUUGAGUCUUGUGCAGCCAUUUAAACUAAUAUUAAUUAUUCUAGCGACCUACUGUACUUUCCAUAUAUCACUCAUGUUUUGAUAAUUUUUUUACUGAUAGAUUUGGUCAA